ACACGGCGAGGAUAAAGCAAGAUGGCGUCUGACGGUGAAGACGUUAUUGCAGUCGUCACAGUUCAGUGUUCUUAAUCUGUGCCUCCAUGUACACAUAUAUGUCCUUUAUUAGACUCUAGUAAAUAGAGUAAACAUCGUUAAUAACUGUUUGCAUCCGGUUAUAUUAGUCUGAGCGCACUUUGAUGCUUCUCGGGCUAGCUUAGCCUGCCAGUUAGUUUAGCUUGUUAGCUGCUCACAAAGAGAGGCGGAAGUGAUCAAAAACAUCGCUAAGCAGAGAUCAAGUGUGAGUGUAAAGUGUUGUGAUUGUGUGAAAAUGUGCGAAAGAACAAAGGCAGAGUACGAGGAACUUUGUCCAACAAAAGUGGAGAAGGAGCGACAACAACAAAAACAUCAAGUUGUGUUACAUACAACAGAUAUCCAUCAGCUGAUUGAACACCAAGAAGAAUGUCUCCCUCAUCUGCAGGGGGACAGUUUGACUUUAGAGUAUCCACAGCCCUCACAUUUUAAAGGGGACGAGGAGAAUCCACAGCCCCCUUAUUUUAAAGAGGAAGAGGAGGGAGAGUGUCCUGUAGGGCAGAAGGAGGCUGAUCUCAGCAAGUUUCCACUGACUGUUGUCUCUGUGAAGACUGAAGAGCAUGAAGACAAACCACCUGAGUCCUCACAGCUUCAUCACAGUCCAAAUGCCCAGCAGCCCCCCCACAUUAAAGAGGAAGAGGAGGAAGUGUGGAUCACUCAGGAGGAAGAGUGUCUUCUAGGGCAGGAGGAGGCUGAUCUCAGCAAGUUUCCACUGACUGUUGUCUCUGUGAAGACUGAAGAGCAUGAAGACAAACCAGCUGAGUCCUCACAGCUUCAUCACAGUCCAAACGUCCAGCAGGUGUCAGCAGAGAGUCAUGAAGAGAUUCCCUCCAAGCAGCAGAAACGGAGCUCCAGUGGUGGACAGAAGGAGCUACAGGCCCCCUCCCACAUUAAAGAGGAAGAGGAGGAACUGUGGGAGCAGCUUCAAAGGUUGGAGGAGGCUAAUGAUGAAGAUGAAGCUCAGUCCUUACAGUUUCAUCACAGUCAAAGUGAGGAGAACAGAGGGGCGGAGCUUGUAAGUCAACACAUCACAGAAGCUGAUAGAGAGCAUUGUAACGAUAUGAAAACAGAACCAGACAUUAUUUUUGCUCCACUGUCAGACAUGGACCACAUGAUGUCAGACUCUUCUGAUCACAGUGACCACAUCCAAAAACUUUUGGAGAGGAAAAAUGACUCUAAAGGUGAUACGAGACAUCACACUAGCAAAAAAGACUUUGACUGCUCUGAAUGUGGGAAAUCAUUUAGACAGAAGAGUCAUUUUACAGUACAUAUGAGAAUACAUACUGGAGAGAAACCUUUUACUUGCUCUUUUUGUAAGAAAAGUUUCUCCAUAAAGCAACGUAUGACCAGACACAUGAGAAGACAUACUGGAGAGAAAACUUUUACUUGCUCUGUUUGUAAGAAGAGUUACUCCAGAAAGCCUGACAUGACCACACACAAUAGAACACAUACUGGAGAGAAACCUUUUACUUGCUCUGUUUGUAAGAAGAGUUUCUCCACAGCGCAACUAAUGACCAGACAUAUGAGAACACACACUGGAGAGAAACCCUUUACUUGCUCUGUUUGUAAGAAGAGUUUCUCCACAAAGCAACACAUGACGAAACAUAUGAGAACACACACUGGAGAGAAACCUUUUCCUUGCUCUAUUUGUAAGAAGAGUUUCUCCACAAAGCCUAACAUGUCCACGCACAUGAGAACACAUACUGGAGAGAAACCUUUUACCUGCCCUGUUUGUAAGAAGAGUUUCUCCAAAAAGCGUAACAUGACCACACACAUGGGAACACACACUGGAGAGAAACCAUUUUGUUGCACUGUGUGUAAUAAGAUGUUCCGGCAUAAGUAUCAGGUCAGUAAACACAAGUGUGUAACCGUCAUGGACGCUGCAGGGAUUUAAAAACACUUAUACAGUGAUUGUGUUUAAUGUACUUUAAAAACACAGCACGUUUAAUAUGAAUGUAUAUUUGAUGUUGGAUUUAGUGCUUCUAAUCUUCCAGUGUUAUAUGAUGUCCUGGAGUUACUUUUUAAGUUGUGUGCAUUUAUUGAAUAUUAUAAAUGUAGUCAUUAUUGUGUUCUAUUUUCUCAUGUUUUUUUUCCCCCACUUUUUUCCAUUGCAUUCUAUUGAUGUUAUUAUUCAAUUA